AUGGCACUACUCAGAGGGCUGAGGGACCCUUACGAACGCAACUUUCUGGCUGCUCCAAGGCCUAGGUUUAACAGAAGGUGGCAAGAUAUACNNAGCGCCUCUUCAAAAGUCUCUAUCCCAGCAUCCUUAGCUUCAUCAAAAUCCGAGAAGCCGCAAUAUCACCUAAAAUCUUUGCUGCGAGAAAUAGAUGCCCAUGACCCGGAANAAGACCUCGUUCAGCUUCAGCAGAGGAUAUGCGAUUCAAUAGACGACUUCCCAGUCCCCGACGUCGAAAAAGUUUUUCGUUCUGCCGAAAAGCUGCUUCGUCAACAAGAUCUCAUCAAAACUGACCUUGGCUUGGCCAUCAUUGCAAAACUCGCUUUCAAACCAGAGUGCACCCCCGCAAAUCGCUUGCAUUUCUUUUACACCUUGUACCAGGAUGGUUCUACAAAUCGCUAUACCAAUUUUCCCUCUUACCUCCUCACAAUACUCACAGACAGUGGCCGUCAGCUCGAGGGCUUCGAGCCUCUGCUAGCAGGUUUGAUUCCUGCACUUCUGCACGAAGUCGACUCUGAGUUUGCCGAGAAGGACGUCAGAAGACGAGAAGCUAGGAAGUCUGGUCUGCCUGUUUCAACCUCACUUGACCUAGUUAACAACAUUGUCAAGUACAAUGCGAGGUUCUUCAGCGAUGCCGACAUAACUUUACUAGUCCAGGGAAUGUUUGAUCUGCGACAUCGCUUGGCUUUCGACGAUCCUGAGAAACUCUGCGAUAUUCUAGGCACUCUGAUCAUUUACACUCAUAUCCCGAAGGACGCAGUUCUGAUUGCUACGAGGACUUUGUGUUUCCUGAGAGAGCGAAAUGGCCUCGAGGAGAAAACGAGCAAGACUNUUUCCUAUUUUAUGAAUACCCACCUAAAAGAUGAAACAAUCGAAAGUCUCCUCCGCAGGUUCGAAGACGAUAACACAUGUCCAAUGGAAGCUGCUGGAGCUGCUGCUUUGCUCGAAUUGUCGCUGGUGAAUGCUACAACAAGAAACUCGAUCGACCUGGACAUCAAUCGUCUGAUGGAUGCACUGGCAAGAUCUGUACCAGAGGAGACUGCUUCUGCGUAUGCCAGACUACGCUUGGAACUGGUCAAAGUCCUUGUACAGGAUGGAGAGGUCCAACAAAAGCUCCUUGCAGCUCCGGAUUGGAUACACAUACAGGAUGCCAUCAUUCGAAAUGCCAAGGCUCCGCUCGAAUCUCUCUCGGUCGGAUUAAAUAAAGAAGACGGCACUCUUGAGCGAUUCAUGAAAGAUCGUGAGAAUAGGAGGGAGACUGUUCGUGCUAUCAUAUCAUGUCUCGAGCAUAUUGACGGGAUUAGUCUUCAGCAGUCGAGAACACUUCGAAGGACUGCGCUCUACGUGGCGCCAUGGUUGACCGAAAAACAGUCGAUGAAGCUGAUAUCCGCAUACCAACCAUCUUCCUUCCGCAUCUCGAUCGGCAAUUGGCUUGGGGAGAUUAGGGAACUUGCCAACCAUUUUAUCUUCAAUACUGCUUGUCACCUUGCACUUCGUCAAAAAGCUCUGAGAGUCAUCAAAUCUGCGUGGCGCACGGCUCAACAACUUGGUGAAGAAGAGGCCACAAACACGUGUCGCGACUUGAUUGUGACUGCUCUUGACAACGAGACAAACUAUGCAUUCAGAGGCAAUCUGGUGCAUGUUCUGCUUCAUUUCACAGUCGGAGUCAGCGAUUCGGUGUUCUAUCGGACCUUGGAGGUGUUCGUAAAAUCUGCACGCACAGGCUGUUUUCAUGAGCUUAUUGAGGUACCAUUUNUUGCUGAGCCAGAAGCUCCCAAAGAUGCAAAGCCUGAAAUUGAUUUGCAGAACCAGUCACAAGACGAAGAGCUGCCAUCUAUUCUACCUGAUGCCGGACUGGUGGCAUUGUUGAUGAGAAGCAGUGUUGAUCAACUCGAACGGUCGCGAAGAGUCUAUGACGAAAUGCUCCAACUCAUUGCCAUACCUGAACGACCCGCCGAAGCCACCGUCAUGCUUCUCAGAGGCUUGUUCCGCAUUCGAAGUGAUUUAGACCACCGGAUAUUUUUCCUUGCAAACUCAGAAGGUGAGAGUCUUGCAAAAGUUCUUCAUAGGAACUCCGACUCUCCCUUCUUGCAAUCCCGCAGAUCUUCACUGCAGUCAGGAAUAUCAAUCAUGCCACCCGUAUGGAAGUAUGGUGAUAUCCAUGGUCUGCCAGAGUCUCCUCCAACGACAGUAAGCGCUGUACUCCGGUCAGAGUCAAAACCUGUUGAUGGUGUCGACUGUAGCCUCAACAUGAGAUCUUGGCUUGAGACAAUCAUCCGAUUAUUGGAGUCUGCGAGCUGUGACUGGGAGGUGUACAGCUACAUUAUCGUUCACGUUGGUCCUCAAGUUUCCAACCAGUCACUCUUUGCCGAGAACAUCCACGAGAUCAGGUUACUGCGAAAUCUGGUUUGUAAGAAGAUACAGUCCCAAACGAUAUUCAGACCACCAGAGACAUCAAAUCUACGACAAGGCGACGUGGCUUUGUGCUUGUACCACAUUCUCACUACCUGCAUCGGAUACCAUUGGCGUUUCCCACGGAAGGAGAACGUAGACACAAUCACCACUCUUGUCAAAGGUCUAACACUAUGGGAUCGCACAACUAUAGCUUGCGUCAAUGCGCUAACCUUGAGUUGCUACGAGCUGCCGGUGUCGUUAAGUCGAGAUCUCGUUCGUAUCGUGGCGCAGAUGUCCACCAUUGUUACCAAAUCAGAUUCAGCCAUCCAUGUGCUUGAGUUCCUGGCAGGUUUGUCCCGUAUCGAUGAGCUGGUCAACCAGUUUCAUGGCGACGAGAUCAAGACAGUUUUCGGUGUAUGCUUCAGCUACAUUGACUACGCCAGAGGCAAGAAAUAUGAUGAACAGAAUCGCUCAAGGCCAACAGGACCGCCUACCAGAAACUCUUCGGUCGUGGACAGCAACUACCGUCCAUCUACCGAAGACAUUCCACAAUAUGUCUUUGCGCUCAGUUACCACGUCAUCACUUUCUGGUUUCUUGCUCUAAGUAAAGAGGAUCAANAGAGGCACUUCCCAUGGAUGGAACAGAGAUUGCUCUCCNCCGACCAAUCCGGACAAGUGCUCGAUGAAGCCAUCGUCACUGUUGACCACAUAUGGCGAGUUACAGAAGGCAAAGAUGUUGUGCAACCACUUUCUCUGGAUCUUGGUAUGACGAGUGAACCAUCAGCAGAUCCAGUCAUGCAAACAUGGGUCUCGGAGUUUUGUAUCCUGACAAUAAAGUGCCACCUUGAUAAUGGACUCGUCGAAAUUACUGAGCGAAGAAGUUCUGGCACUGAUGAGAGUCACUUUGUCUAUGCCGGCGAGGAACCACUGACUCCGGAUUUGAUAUACCAAGAGCGCUUUGCCUCAACCAUCAAUGGUAACUUCAAAAGCGAUCUAGAAGUUGUCAUCCUACCUACCACCGAUGCCACACGUCGCGCGCUUGGCAUCUUUGACCGUAUCUCACCCAUCGAUUUCUUCAAAGCUGGCGUCAUCUACAUUGGCGAAAAUCAAACACACGAGCACGAGAUCUUGGCCAACGUAUCUGGAUCCCCAGACUACAAUCUAUUCAUCGCUGGGCUAGGCGAACGCGUCUCCCUAGUUAACAACCGUGAAAACAUGGCUGGCCUGGACACCAGCGAAGGCAUGUUCGACGGCAGAAGCACGCUCCGCCACAGCGACACCAUCACCACCCUCAACUACCACGUCACCACCAUGAUGCCCACAAACCGCGACGCCGACCCACAAUGCACACGCAAGAAAUCACACAUCGGCAACGACUUCGUAAACAUCAUCUUCAACAACUCGGGCCUCGAGUUUGACUUUGACACUUUUCCUUCGGCGUUUAAUUACGUGUAUAUCGUCGUGGUGCCAGAGGCGCGUCAAACGUUUAUCCAAACCCGUACGCGUCUGCACAACACCGGCUGGUAUGAAGACUCGUGGUUCAAAGUGCGCGUACUCACCCGCCACGAUUUUCCGGAUAUUUCUUCGGCGGCGGAAACGAUGGUGGUUUCUGGAGCUGCGUUGAGUGCGUAUGUGAGGAAUCUUGCACUUAACGCUGAAGAGUUUUGUAGGGUGUGGAGUAAUAGGGGUUUGGGAGAGUUGCCUAGUACGUGGCGGAGUAGGUUGCAGCAGAUUAGAAUGUUGAGGGAGAGGAAUGUGGUUAAGAAGGAGUAG